AUGACUAGCACCAGUCAUUGUCAAGCCAAGAUCUUCAUGCAAAGCCUGUGGGCUCUCAAGCCCGCUGCUCCGCAUUUUGGCGGAUUGUGGGAAGCGGCUGUACGAUCUAUUAAACACAAUCUCCUGCGCGUUAUUGGAGAUACUACUCUAACCUUCGAAGAAAUGUCCACUUUUCUCGUACAAGUGGAGACUUGUCUUAAUUCCAGGCCAAUUCAAUCUUUGGAGGAUGGUCCCAGCGAUUUGGUAGCGCUGACUCCUGUACACUUUCUUAUCGGCUCGCCGAUUUACACUUUACCAGAGCCUUCAAUAUUGGAUUCAAAGCUGUCACCUAAAAAGUGUCGGCAGCUCGUGACACAAAUCUUCCAAACCUUCUGGAAGAGAUAG